AACUGGUCGCGCUCGUUCAGAGGCCGUUGAAUGCGGUGGUUGGGGGCGCGUGCGCGGUCCCCGGGGGGAUGGGGGGGAUGGAAUGCGUUGGGGGCUGAGUUUGGAUCAGGUGACUUCCCGCCCCGUGGGUGUGCGUCCCGGGCCAACGCGGGCUCCAUUCUCCCAAGCUGAGGGCGCUCGAUGAUAGUGUUGAGCUAAGCGACACAUUAAGGGUAUGUGGUCUGGAUCCCGGUCACAAUGUGGUGAAAGAAAUCAGCGAGGCCAUUUUCAUCCUGGAAGACCCCACAAUGCAGAAUUUCAAAGAACAGUACAAAUAAUACAGAGGAGGCCGGAUUGUGACCAUGGUGGAAGAGGAAGAGGAAGAGGUGAUACGAGCCGUGAUUAUGAUUAUUACAACCAUUCAGACAGUUAUCGAGGAUAUUCUGCUGACAACCGUGAUCCUGGACAUGGCCGGCGAUUUGGUCCACCACUCAAAACUGGUUCAUGGGAUGGUGAAAAUUCCAAAUGGCCGAGAGAUGAACAUUCGGGAAGCAGGUUGCCUGAUUACAGGGGAACCAAGACAAAGAGAUAUGCUGAUGAUGAUGAUGAUGAUGAUGAUAACAGGGAUAACUUAAGAAGAAAGAACUUCUAUCCCACCCCACACGGAAGAGAGCGUUCACCUCAUAAAAGGGAAACUUCCUAUUACAGAAGAGAAUCUCCUCACAGCCACUCUGGAUCAAGCAGCAGAAGCUACUCCCCUGAAAAAAGCAAACAGUCGUCAUCCUACCAGUCCCAAUUCAUUCAAAAUGAAAGAUCUGUUUGUGCAUUGAACCCUUCAAGAGAUGUAUCUCCAUCCAUUUCAGUGCCACCAGUUUCUUCAAAGAGUACAAACUUUUAUAAAAGCUCCAAAACAUGUGAUGACUUGAAUAAAGACAUUGAUACUGAUUGGAGUUCUGAACAGCAGCAAAUUCCAGAACUGGAAAUAAAUGAACAUGAUACAGGUAGUACAAACUUUUAUAAAAGCACCAAAACAUGUGAUGACUUGAACAAAGACAUUGAGACAGAUUGGAGUUCUGAACAGCAGCAAAUUCCAGAACUGGAAAUAAAUGAACAUGAUGCAGGUGAUGCUAUUCAAAUGCUGUUACCAGAUAACUGGGAUGAUCUUGAAAUGUGUACACUGGGCGCUAUUGAAAUUAUAGACCCGAGUCAAACAGAUCAUCGCACUAGAACAAUUGCCAAAAAGACCAAGGAGAUUGAAGAGGUUUAUGGACAAGACUGUGAAACGUUUGGCAUGGUUGUUCAAAUGCUCAUUGCCAAAGACCCAUCAUUGGAAAACACAAUACAAUUUGCACUCAGAGAAAAUUUGCGUGAAAUAGGAGAACGAUGCAUUGAAGAACUCAGAACGUUCAUCACCCAGUAUGAUUCUGCUCCUGGAGAGCAUUUAGGAAGAUCAUAACUCCAUGACUUGGGCUCCUCUUAAUUCUUCUGCUUUUGUUGAAAGUCAUUUUUGUUACAAACUAUGAUCAAUUAAUUAACAUUAAUUUGAAUCUAGCAACACAGCCUAUGCUGGUGUAAACUGAUUUCAUCUACUGUUUGAAUAUCUUUAAACUUACUAUCUUUAUGAUGCAAGUGCAAAUUAUGUUUAAAACGUAUGGUGAACAUAGAAACAUAUCCAUAUUGACCUCAGGAAUCUAUUCCUUACAUAAUGGUGUCCAUAAUUGGGGUGUAUUUCAGAGAUCAGUAUGGAUUGGCGGCUAAAUUGAUUUUUUUUUUGGUGUAUGUAAACCAUGUAAUCCAAAUGGAGAAACUUAAAAGAAUAUCCCAGGCUUGGGUUCCACAGUUAGGUCUUACUGUUUAUGCAAGAUUGUUACCAGCCCAUUUGGUAAAACAGAAUGAUUUGAGAUACUUUAUUUAGAGCUCACCAUGUGGGAACUAACAAAUUUGUGCAGCUUCUGUGGUUGUGUACUGAAAUGAUAAAAUCUCCUGAUGACUCAUUUUGUAAGAUGUUUCCCAAUUUGGUUGUGAGCUGAACAUAGCACGAAUAACAUUGAUUCAUGAUCUGGUGGUUGGCUAGAUAUUAGAGGAGGGAUUAUACCUUGAUAAGCAGAGAAACCAAUCACCAUUGCUUCUGACUAUUUACACUCAUGAACCAAUGUGGGCAGAUGCCUGGUGAGUCAGAUCAGAUUAUGCCAGGAAACUAAGUCACUUGUUACAUCUGUUAUCUGGGAAUGAACAUGAAGAAUUGUCCCUGCGUAGGAUUUAUGAGGGCAGUUAGUAUUCACAAGAUAAUACUGAGGAGAAUCACCACUUAAAACAAGUCAAACAUGUCCACAAUAACAAUGGUGCUGUAAAUUCAGAUUUUAGAAUAUUCCUUUAAGUGAUUUUAUUAAUACUCAUAACUACUCUAUUCCCAAUCAGUUUAACUUUUUCAGUUAAUUAGAAUUCACCAAUUAGAAAGAUGAUCAACAGACAAAUAAAAUAUUGGCCGCGUAGAGUGGCACGGCGCAUAGCAGUAGAGUUGCUGCCUUACAGCGCCAGCAGACACGAGUUCCAUCCUGAUUACGGGUGCUGUCUGUAUGGAGUUUGUACGUUCUCCCCGUGACCACGUGGGUUUUCUCCGAGAUCUUCAGUUUCCUCCCACACUCCAAAGACGUACAGGUUUGUAGGUUAAUUGGCUUGGUAUAAUUGUAAAUUGUCCCUAGUAUGUGUAGAAUAGUGUUAAUGUGCAGGGAUCGCUGGUCGACGCAGACUUGGUGGGCCGAAGGGCCUGUUUCCGCGAUGUAUCUCUAAACUAAACUAAUCGUAGGGUACCAAGUAAACUGUAUCAUAAGAUCUCUGUUGUAUUAUGAGAAAUUUUAAGAAAACCAUAAAUUAGAAAUUACACAAAACUGCACUGCAGCUUAGAAUCAUAAUUGAGUGUCAUGUUUUUGUUUUCUGUAUAGAAAUUCCUUUUAUUUGUAAUUGAAGUAUUAAAAUGAAAAGAACUAAGGAACAAAAA